CCCCCUCCUUCCCUGUCUUCUCCUCCCAUCCCUACCCCCCGACCCUCCACUGGGCACGAAGCAUCCACCACCCUCCCCUGCUGGGCUCGGGAUGACUGCGGGAUAAGAGUGCGAGAGACGAGAGGUGCCGCUACAGUGCAGGCGGCAUCACGCGCGGUGCUGCUGCAGCAGGAGGGGGGAGGAGGAGCAGCGCUCUCCCGUAGACCUUGCGCAAAGGCAGCAGCACAACACCAACGCUCUCUCAUUUGCGAGCAUCUUCAUAUCUACACGCUCAGCCUCUGUAGGGGCCAUAGACCGUGAAGAAAGCCGGCGACACCAGCGGCGAGGGACUCACCCCGAGGAGCUGGGGACAGACAACGAAACGAACAAAAGCCAACACAGCAGCCAUCCUGCCCAAGGGCGGUGGGGGAGGGGAAGACACAAACAUAAUUAGCACAAAUCAGCGGCUGCUUUCAAUACCCUCUCACUCCGGGACUGAUGGGAGGGACCUUACAGGGAGGGAGUCGACCCUCGCGCUGAGAUGGAUUAAUAAGAUUUGAGGACGUUCCUCUGAAUAGACAUCGCACGGGCCCAUGUCCUUCAUGAACCACGGGCUAUGGCCGGUGCUGGCCCUGGGUGCAGGUCCACCAACGCCGCGGCGCGUCAGCCCUGAGAGGUCUUCUGCUCCCACAUGCGGGCGCGUGGCUGUGGGUGGAGGAGGCCCGGCGUCUCGACACUGAAAGUGGCGUCACCAUGGUGUGUCUGGAGACGGCGAUGGCCAGUGGAGCGAUGGUGUGCAAACCCGACUGCUGCAUCAAAGGUGAGAGAGAGAGCGAGAGAGAGAGAGCGAGAGAGCUCAAUCACUCGAUCGGAAUCUCCAGAACGGAGUCGUCGUAGCCGGCGGACCACUUGGCAAGACGCUCCUGAAAAGAGUCCAGGAGACGAGUUGAGACGCCGCAGCGGGGCCAGCCCAAGCGGCGGCUGGGCGUGGCCUCCAAGGUGCGAGUGAUGGGUGUGGCGGCGGCCGCGGCCGCCGCGACCACGACGGAGCAGGAGGAGCAGGAGAUGGGGGCGCGGCGCAGGAUGAAGUGGAAGACGCUGCUGGGCAUCUUCGUACUGGUGCUGGGCUACCUGGUGCUGGGCGGCGCUGUGUUCCGGGCCCUGGAGCAGGGCAACGAGAGCGCCCAGCGGGACGCCAUCACCGCGCACAAGGCGAGCUUCCUGGUGCGCCACCCGUGCGUGCCGCCCGACGAGCUGGAGAAGCUCAUACAGAAUGUGGCGGCUGCCCUCAGUGCCGGUGUGAACCCCUCGGGUAACGCCACGAGCCAGAACAGCCACUGGGACCUGGGGAGUGCCUUCUUCUUCGCCGGCACAGUCAUCACCACCAUUGGGUUCGGGAACAUUGCUCCCAGCACCAAGGGCGGCCGCAUAUUCUGCGUCGUGUACGCUCUGCUCGGGAUCCCCCUCUUCGGCUUCCUGCUGGCUGGUGUGGGCGACCAGCUGGGAACCAUAUUUGGCAAGAGUGUGGCCAACAUGGAGAAGAACAACACGCACAAGCACCUGAGCCAGACCAAGUUCCGCGUCAUAUCAACGGUGCUAUUUCUGCUGGCCGGCUGCCUCUUCUUCGUGGUCAUCCCCACCGUGAUCUUCAUGCACGUGGAGGGCUGGACGACACUCGAAGCGAUUUACUUUGUGGUGGUCACCCUCACCACCAUCGGCUUUGGGGACUACGUGGCGGGUGGGAACUUGCAGAUGCAGUACAAGGAGUGGUACAAGCCGCUCGUCUGGUUCUGGAUCCUCGUUGGCCUGGCCUACUUCGCCGCCAUCCUCAGCAUGAUUGGGGACUGGCUGCGUGUGCUCUCCCGCAAGACCAAAGAGGAGGUGGGGGAGAUCCGGGCGCAGGCCGCCGAGUGGAAGGCCAACGUGACGGCCGAGCUGAAGGUGACGCGGCGACGCCUGAGCGUUGAAAUCCACGACAAGCUGCAGCGCGCCGCCUCCAUCCGCAACCUGGAGCGGCGGCACCGGCUGGGCCCGCACGAGCCUCGCCGCCACUCCAUGGACGUGCUGACGGCCGAGCGACGUGCGCCCUCGCGUGCGUCCUUCCUGGCGCUCGCCAACAAGGCUGAAUCCGUCGACCGGAUUGUGCCUCCCUCGGAGCUACAGAACGGUGAGGUGCUGCAUAAGCCGGCGUCGGGAGAGUCGGUUAACUUCGCCGAGGGCUGCAACGCAGGAGGGAGCGGAGGCAGCAUGGGCAGUGGCGACAUGAAGCCGUACAGCAUCAGGUCGGCGUUCUCACGACGCAGCGAUCACCGCGGCAUCCUCAAGCACACCCGGUGGCAGCUGCAGCAACAGCAGCAACAGCAACACCAGCAGCAGCGGAAUCAGCAGCAGCAAAGUCAGCAUAAUGUGGACAACAGUUUAGAGAGGGAGAGCGAUAGUCAGCAACAGCUGGAGCAACAGCCAACGCCAGACACUGCGCAUGGAUCCUGCGACAGCUUUGGGAUUGGAAACAGCCAGGCACAUGCUGAUGCUGUCAACCAGGGAUGAUGAAGCUACACGUGCAUUUGGGCAACAACAAAAUCAAAACGAUACAAUGGAAACAUUGAGGAUUGUGACACACAGCUUUGACGACUUGCUUGAGGCUAAAAAACAAUUGUGGUGGUUUCUUGAAGCGAUGACGAUGACCAAACUGCAAAUCGUAAGAUGUGCCCGGAAAGUGCAAAAGAGGAGAAUAGAAACGUUUAGUUGCAAGGGUGGCAUGUUAUCUUGCCAAAGCAUCGUUUAAAUCGGGAACGUAUGUUCCACUGAAGACUCAUCAAAUUGAUUAUAUUUGAUUUUUUUUCAAACGCCUCCUAAUGCGAAUAAAAAUGCCGCUAUGCACAAUGGCAAAAACCAUGAAGAGUUUUAAAUAGGUAGACAAGCGAGGACUUUGCUAAUACCUACACCGAAUGGUGAAUGGGAGAAAAUUUGCCAAAAUACUAUUAUACAUUUUGAAAUAAAUAAUAUGAAAUGAGCAUGUCAGCAUUGUGCCUCCAUGCUGCGUACGAGGUCAACCGUUUGUCUUCAGUUAUGAAAAUGUGUCGUGUCGUUAUCUGGACAACUGGAAUAUGUUGUAAUCCAUUAUUCAAAUAUAUGUUGAACAAAUAUUGUG